ACCUUGUCCCAAACGAAACAUUCGAAUUAACGAAUAACAUCCUUCAGUCGCCAUUACGCCGCGUCGCCUGUUACGAUCCGUCUCCGACCUGUUCGUGUCGUUAGCUUCUGAUAAUCAUCGCCGUGCUUAUUUCUCCCAUCUUGAAUCGCGCGCGACGCGGUGUUUUGCUACGAACGCGGUAAUAAUUCUGUUUCAAAAUACCUCGGGCACGAAACAAUCGGCGCGGAGUGUCCACGAAAGGAACAAAGAAGCAUUGUGUCCGGGCACGAAUCCAUCGGCAACCGGUGAAACGAUCGUCGAAACCAUUCCGCGUCCGUUCGAACAUCGAUCCCUCGAUCCUGUGCGCCGGUGGAACGAAUAAUUCCAAUCCGAUCGUCCCGGGACCGCCGGAAAAAUGGACGAGAGCAAUCUUUCGGACUCGUUCGAGCUCCCAAUUUCGGAGGACAUGAGCACGCCGGCCCGGACGGGACUCUCCAGAGAAGACAAGCAAUGGAGUCCGGCGAUGGAGCUGCUGGUCCACAAACUGAAGGCCAUAAACAUCUGCAGAACUCCCAGAACCCCUGCCAGCACUCCGGCGAACUCGUCCCUGCUGGAAACGUCGAACUCCGAAUCCGCGGAGUUAUCCCUCAACGACGACACCGAGAAACUAAAUUCCAGCGGAAUCGAGAACCUGAAGCGUAUCCUGGAGAAGCGUUUCAACAUAGACUUCUCCAGCCCGCGCAAAAACACGCGGAGUCCUUCGAGGAAGCAGUUCAUGGACGACGAGACUCUAGGCGUGAUCCUGGACCACGUGAACCAGCCGGGUCGCGAUUUGGACGCUGACGCGGACGAAUUGAUUAAGAUGACCCCCAUCUUCAGCCGCACGUUGAGCAAGAGACGCGGGAAUAUCCUGGAAAGCUCGAUGGUCGCCUUGGCUGGCUCGCCUUACCAGGAUCUGACCAUGUCCUCGGACGCCAACGACGACUGCGUGCUGGAACGCACGGCGAACUUCAUCUCGGACUACAGUCUCAUCCUGAAGAAGGUGAAACGCGACGUGAAGGAGAAGAACAUCAGUAACCUCGACGUGACGAUGAUGCUGUGCGAGAAUCUGGACAGCAGGUUCGAAGCUACCAUGACCUCCGAGCAGAAGGAUAUGAUUCUGCGCAGCUGCUUGCAGAACAUCGACGACUUCAAGGAGGAAAGCGGAGGCUUCGAGGCCACCGCGGACGUCGAGAUUAAUAACAAUUCCAUAGUGAAGUCGGAGGAGCCUGAUGGUAGUCAGCUCGGAGAUGAUAAGAGUGAUCGCGACGAGCAGUCUCUCGCUGAUGCAUCGCAGCGAAUGGCGCCUCCUGAUGGCGGCUUGGAGGACGAAGAAGGUAACGAGUACCUGUACCGCUUUAACGACCUUCUACAGAAAUGGCGUAAGAUUACUAACGCGAAUACUCACGAUUCUCCAGCAUCCGAGGUUCACGAAGCAAGACAGAGGAGUCAUUUCGAGUGCCAUGCUUCUGAAGUCCCUGAAGAUCCUUCGGUUCAGGACUAUAGGAGCUUGGACGCAUCCAGAUCCCGGUCAGAGGUCUUCAGCGUUGACCAAGCGGAGGAGACGUUGGACAACGAUGAAGAAGAAUACGUGAUAAUCUCAGCGGAAACCGAUCCCGAAGAAUCCUUCGAAGUAGUUCCUGAGGAGACACCCACAGAACGCGACAGUUACGCGCCAUACGACGCAGUGCCUGCUGUUCCCGACUUAGUUGCGGACUCCCCGAAAAAUCAACUGAAAGAUUGUCUCGAUGACAUCGCCGAAGAGAGAAUGGAAUGCUCGAAGUCCAGCGAGGACGAGGAAGAUGAGAGUCCUGUAGACUCGUCGAAGCGCACGAAGUCGACGGUCUCGAGCAGCGAGAACGAUCGAACGAAAUAUUACACCCCUGAAUCCUCGAGCGUCAGCAGGAUGUCCGGAUCCAGCGAUCAUUCCAGCAUGGUCGCCGAGGCGGAUUUCCGAGGUUGGUCCACGCGUUCUGCAGAGUUAGCAAAGUCGGGGAACAGCUACGAUAGUAAUUCAGGUGAGCCGGAGGACGGUAACAGUUCGUGCGCGCUGGAGGACGAUGUCUUCGAGCCCGAGGUGAACCAGACGGUCAGCAGAAGGAAAGCUAGUCCUCUGAGAGAUUUCCUGUUGAAACUGCAGCUGAAGAACCGAUCUCCGAGAUCGGUUUCGCCUGUCGGCAGGAGACAGGCUGCUCGGGCAGCCUGUCAUCCGUCGCCUAGGUCAGCGAGGAGUGACCGGUUCAUGAUGCCCAGGUACAUCAAGACUAGAGCCGAUGUUCCAAGGUGGACCAAACAGAUGAUCGAGGUUCCUGUCAGACCUAAUAAAGAUGUCCUCUUUCCGCCAUCGCACAAACUGACAGUGGCAGAAGUAUUCGACCCGGAAACGAAUCGGCCGCGGCCGGAGGUCCUCAAACAACACUUUAUCCUCGAAGGCAGGAUCGACGAGGCGGCGGCCCUUCGUAUAGUGAACGAUGGAGCCGCCCUGCUGCGCUCGGAGAAGACUAUGAUCGAUAUAGAAGCCCCCGUCACCGUGUGCGGGGAUAUUCACGGCCAGUUCUACGACCUGAUGAAGUUAUUCGAGGUGGGCGGACCACCCUCCUCGACGAAGUAUCUCUUCCUGGGCGAUUACGUGGACAGGGGUUAUUUCAGUAUCGAAUGCGUAUUGUACCUGUGGGCGCUGAAACUGUGCCAUCCAAACACACUGUUCCUCCUCAGAGGUAACCACGAGUGCCGUCAUCUCACGGAAUACUUCACAUUUAAGCAAGAGUGUAAAAUAAAAUACUCGGAGAGGGUAUACGACGCGUGCAUGGACGCCUUUGACUGUCUGCCUCUUGCCGCCCUCAUGAACCAACAGUUCCUCUGCGUGCACGGUGGCCUCUCGCCGGAAAUUCACAAUUUAGAAGAUAUUCGCAAACUGGACAGGUUCAAAGAGCCACCGGCGUUCGGACCCAUGUGCGACCUGCUCUGGUCCGAUCCGCUCGAGGACUUCGGGAACGAGAAGAACGCCGAGCACUUCUCCCAUAAUAGCGUCAGGGGUUGUUCGUACUUUUAUAGUUACGCGGCGUGCUGCGACUUCCUGCAGAACAACAACCUCCUCAGCAUCAUCAGGGCACACGAGGCGCAGGAUGCUGGGUACCGUAUGUACCGGAAAUCCCAGACGACGGGCUUCCCAUCGCUAAUUACCAUCUUUAGUGCGCCCAACUACCUCGACGUUUACAAUAACAAGGCGGCCGUGCUGAAGUACGAGAACAACGUAAUGAAUAUCAGGCAGUUCAACUGCUCGCCCCAUCCUUACUGGUUGCCCAAUUUCAUGGACGUGUUCACGUGGUCCCUGCCGUUUGUAGGUGAAAAAGUGACGGAGAUGUUGGUGAACGUGCUGAACAUCUGCUCGGACGACGAGCUGAUGAGCGACGGUGACGACGGGCUCGAAGAAGCAACCCCGCAACCCCCGGCGUCCGGAGACUCGACUCGCGAAUGGUUAGGGGAGCGGAAAGGCAAAAACACCGGGACGAUAUUUUCACGUGCAGCAGCCAAUCUACGCAAGGAGGUGAUCAGAAACAAGAUCAGAGCUAUUGGAAAGAUGGCGCGUGUCUUCUCUGUCUUGAGAGAAGAAAGCGAGAGCGUUUUACAGCUGAAGGGACUGACACCGACUGGAGCUUUGCCGCUUGGCGCGUUGUCUGGUGGCAAGACGUCCCUAAAAAACGCUCUCCAAGGCUUCUCGCCGAACCACAAAAUCACCUCGUUCGCCGAGGCGAAGGGUCUCGACGCCAUAAACGAGAGGAUGCCGCCAAGAAAGGACGCUCCGCCCACGCCAGUAAACGAGGAGAAACCCGUGAUAAAGCCGUCGGCUCCUGCGGGAGACAAGCGGGACCACAACACACCGCAACCGCAAUCGUGAGCCUCACACUCGUCCAAUCAAGGUGGCAAGGAUGGGUCGUAAGGUCCCAGCGCUGUCGCCGUCGCCGCCACCACCACCGAAAGAUCCAAAGCAUCGCUCGUCUCUCCUACCCGGUUGUCGUCGCCAGCGCGCCGUGUCGCCGCCGCGGGCCUCGAGAGGAGCCGGGC